AGAAAAGCAGCGAAAAAACACUUCACAGAACGGGACAGCUUCAAAAUCUGCUCCACUUCGAACGGCCCUUUUGCACGGAAUUAAGGCGUUCUUUCAAGCACCGACGGUGGUGUCCGGAUUGUAGUGCAAAGCCCUGGAAUUGUAUGCCCCGAGCGAAAGAAUCCUUAGUGCAGCCCAACAACUGGUGAAACGAUGUGACUGCCUUCGGGGGCGCAGACACGCGACACUGUGGCAAUACCCCGCGCGAUCAUACUUUAUCCGGGCACGAGCCGUUCCGGUUUACGUGGCUCCAGUGGACACCGACGGACCUUGCCAGGCAAAAGUAUCGUUCCGUCUCGUAGGGCAUUCUAUCCAGUUGGUCAGCUUUUCAAUCAGCACCAGGAGGUUUAGCACACCGGCUGACGACCAUGUCGAUAACGUUCGAGCAAAUCAUUCUGGACGCCAAACGGAUCGCCAACCGCCUGAAAGACCGGGAGGCGCUCGGAGACGCACUGCUGCUGGAGUCGGAAACCGUUAACAAGCAGAUCGAAUCGAUGCGCCAGUUCCAGGAAGACAUCGACAUCCUGAACCGGUUGGCGCGCGAACGGUCCAACAACCAGCUGAUCACGAUCAUCCACCAGGAGAACCCGCAGAUCCGCGAGAUACAGCAGGAGAACCGGCUGCUGAAGUCGGCCCUCGAGGAUCACCAGCAUGCGCUCGAGCACAUCAUGUCCAAGUACCGGGAGCACACGCAGGCGAAGAUACUCAACACGAAGGUGAACUUUGUCGAGGCGUACAAUCGCCACCAUCAGGCGGCCGACAUAGAGCGGCGCGACGAGCUGAUCCGGCAGCAGACGGCCAAAAUCCAGGAGAUGGCCGCCGUCAUGCAGCGAGCCUCGCAGCUCGACGAGGAGAAGCUGAACCACGAGCAGGAACUGCUCAGCCGGUUGAUGACGGAAAAUAAGGGCCUACGGGAGUUGCUAGAAAUUUCGCGCAAAUACGGCUCGGGCGACCAAAAGAUGCUGAUGGACGAGAAGGGCACCCAAACCGACAGCACGCUACUCGAGGGGUUGCUGGAGUCGGCCGUAGCGGCCCGGUCAACUCAGACGAAGGUCGCCAACCAACCGCCAGCCGCAAGCGUGGCACCGGCAACGGUUCCGUCAUCCAGCAUCACCAGCAGUGUCGUCAGUGCCAGCCCGCCACCACCACCAGCAGUGAGUAGCGCCAACGGUCCGCUGCCCGCUACCGUGCCAGUCACCACCACCACGAACACAGCCCCGGCAUCGGCUCCAUCCGCGAGCUCGUGACGCGAUUCGGGAGAAUGUCAGACAUCCGUUCUGUUCUGUUGCCAAUCGGCCAUUUUGUAGGCAUAAUUUCGUGUUUCCCUAGACGGCUCCGCUCCGAGAGAACCACCACCGCAAGUAAACACACAGCACCAACCAUCGUCUGCACGCGCACCAGGCAGAGCCACGUGAAAAGGGCCACGAAGAAGAGCCGUUCCAUUUCCCUUCCAUUUGUUUGUAUUCACCGAUUGGCGUUUUCAGUCACGGAAAAAGCAUCCAGGAUCAGUUUGAGCACCUACACACACACACACACACACACAGAGGACGCACAAGCACAGGCAGAGUUUAGGUUAAAUGUUGUCCAACCGGGAGUACCGCGAAUAAAUGUUUGUUUUUCCACUCUGCUCUUUUACGUUGACUACGUUCCGUUUCCCGUUGAUAGGUCGCGAUCGGUUGAAAACGAUCAUAAAUGCGGCAAACGUGAGUCAAUAAUGUGAGUAAAACAUACACCCUUCCGCCCGUGUUAUCAUUGGCCUUUUUCCGUGUGUAUUCUACUCCGAUAAGACGUGAAAAAUGAGUCGACAAAGGAGCGGCGAUGCGAGAGGUAGUAGCGAAAGGAACUCGGCACCACUUUCAAUAAAUAAAUGGACGAAG